AUGAGAAGCCGAAGAAACGGUACCUUGGAGAGUUCAAAAAGUCUUUAUUCCAGUAUCUCUCGUAGCACAGAUCUAUCCUACAAUGAAAACGAUUUGGUGCGUUUCAUUCAAGACAAUUUUAAGAAGAGAGAAUGUGUCUUUUUUACCAAAGAUGUCAAAUCAAAUGACAACCUGUGUAAAUGUGGCUACUCAAAAUCUCAGCAUAUAGAAGGCACUCAGAUUAAUAAUCAAGAGAAGUGGAAUUACAAGAAACACACCAAAGAACUCCCAACAGAUGCCUUUGGAGACAUUGAAUUUGAGAACCUGGGCAAGAGAGGAAAGUAUAUCCGCCUGUCGUGUGAUACAGACUCUGAAACUCUCUACGACCUCAUGACCCAGCAGUGGCAUCUGAAAACACCCAACCUCGUCAUCUCUGUCACAGGCGGAGCAAAAAAUUUUGCUCUGAAGCCACGAAUGCGCAAGAUUGUCAGCCGGUUGAUCUACAUUGCACAGUCUAAAGGGGCCUGGAUAUUCACUGGCGGAACUCAUUAUGGGCUGAUGAAGUAUAUCGGGGAAGUAGUGAGGGAUAACACCAUCAGUAGGAAUUCAGAGGAGAAUGUUGUUGCCAUCGGGAUCGCUUCCUGGGGGAUGAUUUCCAAUCGGGACAGUCUGAUCAGAAACUGCGAUGCGGAGGCAUAUUACUCAGCACACUACAUCAUGGAUGACCUCAAGAGGGACCCUUUAUAUUGUCUGGACAAUAAUCACACGCAUCUAAUUCUGGUGGAUAACGGCACUCAUGGGUACCCAUCCAUAGAGGCCAAGCUACGAACCCAGCUAGAAAAAUACAUUUCGGAACGCAUUAUCCCAGAUUCUAACUAUGGUGGGAAAAUUCCAAUUGUGUGCUUUGUUCAAGGAGGAGGAAAAGAAACUCUAAAAGCUAUUAACACCGCAGUCAAGAGUAAAAUUCCCUGCGUGGUCGUGGAAGGCUCUGGCCAGAUUGCAGACGUGAUCGCCAGUUUGGUGGAGGCUGAAGGCACCAUGACCUCCUCAUCUGUGAAGGAGAAAUUGCUCAGGUACUUGCCUCGCACGCUUUCUCGGCUGGCUGAAGAGGAGACUGAAAGCUGGAUCAGAUGGAUCAAAGAAGUCCUUGAAAACCCACAUCUGCUUACUGUGAUCAAAAUAGAAGAAGCCGGAGAUGAAAUCGUGAGCAAUGCCAUUUCUUAUGCUCUUUAUAAAGCUUUCAGUACCAAUGAGCAGGAUAAAGAUAACUGGAAUGGGCAACUAAAAUUGCUUUUGGAAUGGAACCAGCUGGAGCUGGCAAGUGAAGAUAUUUUUACCAAUGAUCGACGAUGGGAGACUAGAGGCUGCACUUUGGCAGCACUGGGGGCAAGCAAGCUCCUGAAGAGCCUGGCUAAGGUCAAAAAUGACAUCAACGCUGCUGGGGAAUCGGAGGAACUGGCAAACGAGUAUGAGACCAGAGCUGUGGAGCUGUUCACAGAAUGCUACAGCAGUGAUGAAGAUCUGGCUGAACAACUGCUUGUCUAUUCGUGUGAGGCUUGGGGUGGCAGCAAUUGUCUGGAACUUGCCGUGGAGGCGAAGGACCAGCAGUUCAUUGCCCAGCCAGGAGUCCAGAAUUUUCUUUCGAAGCAGUGGUACGGAGAGAUCUCCAGAGACACUAAAAACUGGAAGAUCAUUCUGUGCCUUUUCCUUUUCCCUUUAAUAGGGUGCGGCUUCAUCUCCUUCAGGAAAAAGCCAGCAGAGAGGAGCAAAAAGCUGUUCUUAUACUACGCCUCGUUCUUCAUGUCACCCUUUGUGGUCUUCUCUUGGAACGUCAUCUUCUACAUUGUCUUCCUCCUGCUGUUUGCCUACGUCCUGCUCAUGGAUUUCCAGAAGGAGCCCACUCUGCUGGAGUUGGUCCUCUAUGGGCUGGUCUUCGUCCUGCUAUGUGAUGAAGUGAGACAAUGGUACAUGAAUGGUAGUAAGUACUUUUCAGACUCGUGGAAUGUUAUGGACACACUUGGGAUCUUUUACUUCAUAGCAGGCAUUGUGUUCAGGUUCAACUCUUCAAAUGAAAAGUCCUGGUAUUCUGGCAGAGUCAUCUUUUGCUUGGAUUACAUUAUUUUCACUAUGCGGCUCGUUCAUAUUUUCACAGUAAGCAGGAACCUUGGACCAAAAAUAAUAAUGCUUCAGAGGAUGGUAAGACAUAAAUGCACAUAUAAUUGUCAAUAUGAGUCACACUGGCAUUUGCUAGAAGCCUGUAUUAAUAGAGGUACUACAUACAAUUUUGAACACUGCACCUUCACAGGGAAUGAAUCAAAACCUCUGUGUGUAGAACUGGAUUCAAACAACCGUCCCCGAUUCCCAGAGUGGGUCACCAUCCCACUAGGGUGUAUCUACAUGUUGUCCACCAACAUCCUCCUGGUUAACUUGUUAAUCGCCAUGUUUGGCUAUACUGUUGGAUCCGUCCAAGAGAACAAUGACCAAGUAUGGAAAUUCCAGCGCUAUUUCUUAGUUCAAGAGUACUGUAGCCGCUUAACGAUUCCAUUUCCUUUUGUCAUCUUUGCUUACAUCUACAUGGUAUUAAGGAAACUGUUGAGAUGCUGUUGUAAAAAUGAAAAUAAGCAGCCAUCCACUUGCUGUUCAAGAAACGAAGACAAUGAAACUCUGGCCUGGGAGGCUGUCAUGAAAGAAAAUUAUCUGGUCAGAAUCAAUACCAAGGCUAAUGACUCGACAGAAGAAAUGGUUCAACGAUUUAAACAACUGGAUAUGAAGCUUACUGAUCUGAAGUGCCUUCUGAAAGACAUUGCAGGCAAACUUCGAUGA